GAAAAUGAAUUACAAUGAGCUGAGUGAAAUCCCCUAUUUUGGAGAAACAACCUCUAAUAUCACUCUCCUCUCGCUGGUGCACAAUACCAUUCCAGAAAUAAAUGCUGAGCAACUCCAAGUUUACCUUUCACUGGAAAAUCUGGAUCUUAGUUCGAAUCUUAUCUCGGAAAUUAAAGCUUCCUCUUUUCCAAGGAUGCAGCUGAAGUACCUGAAUUUGAGUAACAACAGAAUAACUACUCUGGAAGCAGGCUGCCUUGAUAACUUAUCUAGCUCUCUGAUGGUAGUGAAGCUGAACAGAAACAGGAUUAGUGUGAUCCCACCAAAGAUCUUCAAAUUGCCUCACGUGCAGUUUCUGGAACUGAAGAGGAACCGGAUUAAAACAGUGGAGAGUCUGACAUUCCAAGGACUGGAAUCCCUCAAGUCCUUGAAAAUGCAGCGCAAUGGGAUCAGCCGGCUGAUGGAUGGGGCCUUCUUUGGCCUGGGCAGUAUAGAAGAGCUGGAACUGGAACAUAACAACUUAACAGAGGUAAACAAGGGCUGGCUGUAUGGGCUGCGGACGCUGCAACAACUCUACGUCAGCCAGAACGCCAUUAACAGGAUCAGCCCAGAUGCAUGGGAGUUCUGCCAAAGGCUUUCUGAGCUAGACUUGUCAUACAACCAGCUAACUCGCCUCAAGGAGUCUGCCUUCGUGGGCCUUGGCUUGCUGGAGAAGCUAAACCUGGGUGACAACCGCAUCAGUCACGUCGCUGACGGAGUGUUCCGAGGGCUGGCAAACCUGCGAACCUUGGACUUGAGGAACAACGAGAUCUCCUGGGCCAUGGAAGAUGCAAAUGAAGCAUUUGUGGGACUCAGCAGGCUGGAUAAAUUAAUCUUGCAAGGAAACCAGAUUAAGUCAAUUACCAAGAAAGCAUUCUCUGGUCUGGAAGGACUUGAACAUCUAGAUUUAAGCAACAAUGCAGUAAUGUCCAUCCAAGAGAAUGCAUUUGCUCAGGCUCAGCUGAAGGAGCUAGUUUUGAACACCAGCAGCUUGCUUUGUGAUUGCCAGCUGAAAUGGCUGCCGCAGUGGCUCACCGCCAGCCGGUUCCAGCAGGCCACAGUGAAUGUUAGCUGCGCUCAUCCCGAGUGGUUAGCAGGACAAAACCUUCUCAGUGUGGACCCUGAUGACUUUGUCUGUGACAACUUCCCCAAGCCCCAGAUCAGAGUGCAUCCUGAGACCACAGUUGCCCUGCGAGGCAUGAACGUGACUCUGACCUGCACUGCCGUCAGCAGCAGUGACUCCCCCAUGUCCACGGCCUGGCGUAAGGACAGUGAAGUGUUGUAUGAUGCAGAGGUGGAGAAUUUUGCCAGAUACCAGCAGCAAGGUGGUGAGGUGGUUGAGUACACCACAGUCCUGCACCUUUCCAAUGUGAAUUUCACUGAUGAAGGGAAGUAUCAGUGCAUUGUCACCAAUCACUUCGGCUCCAACUACUCCAACAAAGCCAAGCUGACUGUCAAUGAGCUACCAUCUUUCCUGAAAACCCCCAUGGACCUCACCAUCCGCACUGGGGCCAUGGCCCGGCUGGAGUGCGCUGCAGAGGGCCACCCCACACCCCAGAUCUCCUGGCAGAAAGAUGGUGGCACAGACUUCCCUGCUGCCAGGGAGAGGAGGAUGCAUGUCAUGCCUGAGGAUGAUGUGUUCUUCAUUGCAAAUGUCAAAAUAGAAGACAUGGGCAUCUACAGCUGCAUGGCACAGAACACCGCAGGGGGGCUGUCAGCAAAUGCCACACUGACCGUGCUGGAAACUCCUUCUUUUGUGAGGCCCCUGGAGGACAGGACAGUAACCCGAGGGGAGACUGCAGUGCUGCAGUGCAUCGCUGGUGGCAGCCCUGCCCCUCGCCUCAACUGGACGAAGGACGACGGCCCUCUGGCUGUCACCGAGAGGCAUUUCUUCGCUGCGGCAAACCAGCUGCUGAUCAUCGUGGAUGCUGGGCUGGAGGACGCUGGGAAGUACACCUGCAUCAUGUCCAACACGCUGGGCACUGAGAGGGGCCACAUUUACCUCAAUGUCCUGGCUUCCCCCAACUGUGAUUCUGCCCAGGGCGGCAUUGCCCACGAGGAGGAUGGUUGGACCACGGUGGGCAUCGUGAUUAUCGUGGUGGUGUGCUGCGUGGUGGGCACCUCCCUGGUGUGGGUUAUUGUCAUCUACCACAUGAGAAGGAAGAGUGAGGAUUACAGCAUCACUAACACAGAGGAGAUGAACCUGCCUGCAGACAUUCCCAGCUAUCUGUCCUCCCAGGGAACUCUGUCAGAGCCUCAGGAAGGCUACAGCACCUCGGAGGCAGGCAGCCAUCAGCAGCUCAUGCCUCCAGCCGGCAGCUACGUGCAUAAAGGCACAGAUGGUGGUGCAGCACCGUUGGUGAUCUGCUCAGACUGCUAUGACAAUGCAAACAUCUACUCCAGGACACGAGAGUACUGUCCCUAUGCCUACAUCACAGAGGAGGACCCCCUGGAUCCAGCUCUCCCUAAUCUCAUGGUGCAGGUGCCAAAGGAAAUGUACCCAGCACGUGCCCAGCAUGAAACCAGUGCUCUUGACAAUCUCUUGGCAGACAGGGACAUGUCUGUCUUCCUCACCAACCAUGACAAAAUCAGUGAAAAGAAAAUCUCCUCCCAGCAGGUGAAUGAACCCUUUCAGCUGCCUCUGUGGGGAGUGAACAAGGACCUGGCUCUCUCUCACUCUCACUUCCUGCACCAGCAGGCAGCCCGGGAGCCCCCCCGAGCGCUGCGCGGCGAGGGGCUGGCCGAGGGCGAGCGGGAGCCGGCUGCUUCCCCCCGGCCCUGCCCCAGGCUGCGGGAGCAUCACCUGGACUUUAGCAGGACACGGAGCAUUCGUGACCACAGUGACACCACGUAAGACACUCGGUGAAGCCUUCAAUCCAGUCCCUCUCCACUGACUUGUAUUUACUACCUCAGGACUUAGCCCAAGGCCAAAGACCCUCCCCUCGUGUCCCUGUGUCUGCAGUCCCAGCCCCGUUCAGCAGAGCUGGGCUCUCCAGGAGGAGGUGGCACCUGCCCUUCUUGCAUUUCUGUGUGCACAGGA